AUGACGUUUCGCGAGAGAUUAUCUCGCAGGCUUAAUGACAGUGUGAGCCCCAUGAGAACAAGACCCCAUUCCCGUAGACUGCGCUCAAGAAGAAACCAGCUAUCGCCGUCUCCCUCGCCUACCCAACCUUACCUAUCCUAUUACGAUAUUCUUCUGACGUACGAAGACAUCAAGGCUCUGAAGCAUGAUUGGCUGACCGAUAACAACAUCGCAUUCUGGGAAGAGUUCUUGGAGCGAGAAGUGCUAGUGAAAUAUCCUCAAGCGCGUAUUGUCCUCUUGCGCCCUUCGAUGACCUUCCUCUUGAUGAAAAAUAAGGACACCGAGAUGGUUCGAUCGGCGCUACCAGAUUUCCGAGGUAUUACUCACAUAUUCCUUCCUAUCAACGACGCGCACAACGUCAGCCAGGCCGAGGGUGGAAGCCAUUGGUCUUUACUUGUCGUGAGCAUCAUUGACGGCGUGGCCUUCCACUACGACUCACUCGAUGGCGUGAACAACAAGGAUGCAUGGGAUGCGUCUAAGAGACUGUCAAGCGUCCUCGGCGUAACCUUGCGCUUCCAUUGCUUAGCCGACUCACCACAGCAAGAGAAUGGUAGCGACUGCGGCGUAUUCGUCUGCAUCGUGAUGCGACAUCUUCUUAUCAAGCGCUUACUAUCUGUCAACGCCGGCGACAAGGUUUCGAUGAGUAUGGCUCAGAAGGCAAUCGAUAGUAUCGGGGCACGUAAGGAAAUGCUCAAGAUAAUUGAAAGUCUGCGCAAGGAAGGCGAACGACGACGGCUCACGCCAAGUAACACACCACCUCGGAUCGAAUAG